AUGUGCUUGUCUGCAAAACUUCAUAAAGGACUUCAUAAAGGACCAAAAAGAACAUCUUUUCUGAUCAUGAACAUAUCAAACAGCACCACAGAAGAUGAACAGGUGUAUGCUGGGGUCUUUGGCUGCGUGAUGGUGAUAGGUCUGCCUCUCAAUGCAGUCGCACUGUGGAUUCUUCUUCGCCGCCACAGCCUCAAAUCACCCAACGCUGUCUUCAUGGUCAAUCUAGCAUUCUCAGACCUGCUACUCAUCAUCUCUUUACCCAUGAGGAUCUACUUUCAUGCCACAGGCAUCUGGCCUCUUAUCACCUUCAUCAGUGUGGACAGAUUUCUGGCUGUGGUUUAUCCUCUGAGGUCACGCCAUUUAAGAACCUCGUCCAAUGCCUGGAAAGGAGCUGCAUUCGUCUGGAGUUUUAUGCUGGUGGUGAAUAUCCCAGAGAGUUUGCACUUCCUAGAACAUUUGCAGAACCACUUUCAACCUACCUGUUUUAAAUCUUAUUACUCUUACGAGCCUUUAUUGAGUAAAACUCGAUUAGCAGUUAUUUACCUUCAGAUUGUGUUACUGGUCACAAUGCUAACAGUCAACAUUGUUUGCACCGUUACGGUGUCUUGGACUCUGCACAGAGAUCUCAGUGACUCUGCAAAGGUCAACAACAAGAUGAAAGUUAUGCUGAUCUUUGUCAUGAACUUGGUUUUGUUUGCCAUGUUCUUACCUGUGCCUAUAGGUAUGGCUACACAUGCCAAAGAAAUCAUGCCGCUGGUAUGUCUUACUGUUUCUAACUGCUGUCUGGAUCCUCUGUUGUAUUACUUUUCUUUUGACUCCUUUUGGAAGAAAAAGGAAGAUGCAACGAACGGAGGAGAAAUGUAGAUGCUAGACAUGAUAUUUUUGGUAUGAUAUUUUCUUUUUGACAUGCAUUCUUUUCUUUUUUUGGUGAACUAAUUUGUUAUUGCCCAAAAUGCUCAUUUAGUUCAAGCAUAUUUUCCCAAUUCCUAAAUUCUGAAACUGAGCUUAUUGUACUAUUGUGUG